AUGAAGCUCCUCAAGAGCCAGAUUGAACAGAAAACUGGCGCUGGGUUCGUGACUCUGCUGCCAGAGGAGGCAGAGGACAUGAUACGAGCGAAAGCGGUACGGCGCGUAUCGAAAACGUCGGAAGCCGGCUCUACAUCGUCGCAACGGAUCGCACUCGACCUCACCAUCACCGUCACAACCACAGACUUUGAUAUUGGAUCAGAACAACUCCACGUCUCGGGUCGCGUGGCAAAAGAGAAUGAGCAUGUCAAGCUAGGGCAACACCAUACGCUUGAUUUGGAGCUCAACCGAAAAUUUACAUUGGAAAAGGCAGAUGGCUGGGAUAGUGUCGCGCUCGAGCAACUCAAAGAGGCAUGCGACACGGCAAAUAAGGCCGAACUCUGGUCUGUUGUACUGGGAGAAGGCACAGCAAACAUAUGCAUGAUUACCGAGCAUCAAACCAUAUUACGGCAAAGGAUCGAGGUAUCAGUACCGCGAAAGCGAAAAAACGGCGUAGACGGACACAGCAAAGGCAUGGAUAGAUUCUUCUCCACAACACUAGCCACUCUUCUCCGGCAAAUCGAGAGUACAAACACCGCGCCAGGCAAAACACUACCAAUACUACUAGCCAGCCCAGGUUUCGUAGCCACAGCAUUCCUGACGUACAUCAAAGCGGAAGCGACACGAACAACCAACAAAACCCUCAUGGCGCUCAUCCCCAACAUCACAAUCGCACACUCGUCCUCUGCCCACGUCCACUCCCUAAACGAAGUCCUCUCCUCCCCCGCCAUAACAAACAAACUCUCAAACACCAAAUUCGCCCGCGAAACAGCCCUCAUGGACCAAUUCAACACCCUUGUCCGCCUCGACGACGGCCGCGCAUGGUACGGCCCCCGCGAGGUCGAACGCGCCGUCGCCAAGGGUGCCGUCGGACGCGGCGGCGGCGUCCUCAUGAUCAACAACCAGCUGUUCCGCGCCCAGAACGUGCAGGAACGCAGGCGCUGGGUCAAGCUCGUGAACCAGGUCCGUGAUGUAGAAGGCGGAGAAGUCCGCGUGCUCAGCUCCUUACAUGAGAGCGGUAAGCGGCUGGAAGGGCUGGGCAAUGUCGCUGCUAUCCUGACGUAUCCGCUCGAGGACCUGGAUGAAGAGGAUGCGGAUGAUGCCGGUGGGGAGGAUGGCGAGGAUGGCGAGAUGAUUAUCUAG